AUGAAGACUUACCACAAGGUCGAGCGGGUCAUGCCGUACCUGGGUCAGCCCGACGACGGCUCACUGUCGAGUCUCUGGAACGGGCGCGACAAGUUCUUCGCAGACCCCAAAGACCGCGAACAAUUCAUCUACUCCUGCAUCACCGUCAUCGGCCACAACGGCAGCAUCGACAUCCACGACCACGACUUCCGCCUCCUCUACUCCCGCCGCGGCGCCAGCCAAAACCGCAUCGUCGCCCGCCUCGUCGCAGCCAAAGACGGCGUCAUCAAGUCGCAGAUCGAGCCCGCGAGCGACGGCGGCAACCAAGCAGAGGCGUUCAUGGCGUUCCGCCGGCACGUGGAGAUGACGCUCGAUGGCAUCCUGGCUGAUGUGCCGGGCUCGUCUUCCGUUUCGAGGUUCGCAGAUGCUGGUGCGGGGAGUGGAGUGUUGACGCCUGCUACUACUGUUGCGUCGCCACCUUCGCCGAUGAUGAUUGAGAGGAGACCCGUUGGCGGAGAGGCCGGGACGGAGGGACAUAAUGGGGCUGCGCCACCUGCAUAUGGGAAGGCUGUGAAGGAGUGGGAGCUGCAGGAAAAGAAGGGGUGA